AUGCAUACUUUUUGCAGAAAGUAUUCAGCGCCCCCUACGAGCCUCUUUUUACGUUGCCUUGCCACAGAUUCCGAUUUCACAGUCACCGAUCAUCGCCGCCCCCAUACGAGCCUCUGUUUGAGUUAUCUUGCCGCACAUUCCGAUUUCACAGUCACGGAUCAUCGCCGCCCCCAUACGAGCCUCUUUUUAAGUUGUCUUGCCACACAUUCCGAAAUCACCGAUCAUCGCCGCCCCCAUACGAGCCUCUGUUUGAGUUAUCUUGCCGCACAUUCCGAUUUCACAGUCACCGAUCAUCGCCGCCCCCUACGAGGUUCUUUUCAAGUUGCCUUACCACAGAUUUCGAUUUCACAGUCACCGAUCAUCGCCGCCCCCUACGAGGCUCUUUUUAAAUUGCCUUACCACAGAUUCCGAUUUCAUAGUCACCGAUCAUCGCCGCCCCCCUACGAGACUCUGUAUUUCACAGUCACCGAUCAUCACUGCCCCCAUACGAGCCUCUUGUUAAGUUGCCUUGCCACAGAUUCCGAUUUCACAGUCACUGAUUCACCUCUAAGCACCAUGUGUGAGGGCACAGGUACGGCACUCCUUCCGCUUCUUCCCAGGUUCACUCCGAAUCAGGACCGUCAUCUAUUACCGCUGACGGGUUCACCGAAGUCGGUAAGCGUCGCAACAAACGCCGAAGACGAAGACGAACGUAAACUGGCACUGAGUCGGAAACGGAGCAACCGAGGCAAGUCUCUUAAGCUCCUCCACCAAUUGUUAUCCUCCAAAAGUCCCUUUGGCCGAAAAUUCGUAGAGUCAUGGACAACUACGGUAUCACCGGCCGUCGGGCCAUUAACACCCAAGACUCGAUUAGAAUCUAACCCAACUCCGUGGACGAUUUUCGUCGCCUAUCGUCGUACCUCUGCGAGACCUUCAUGUCGUCCUCCAUGGAGUCUGCGAUGUCAUCUCCACGGACGAUAUACAGUCUGAACUUGUUAAUGAUGGUUUCGCUAUCCAGGAUGUUUACCGAAUGUCAAAAGGUGAAAAAAUCUGGCCACUAGCAUCCGUCCGUUUCGACAAGUCCUCUUCUAAGUCCAAGUCAAUCAUUGAACUUAGCAAGCUCUGCGGUCUCAACGUCAAAAUUUAGCCGAAAAGUACCAAAGAAGUUGCCCAAUGUCGUCGUUAUAUGAAAUACGGCCAAUUACUGCCACGCUGCCUGGGUCUGCGCCUUCUGCGGCGCAACCACGUCACCGCCGGAUGCAAGACAAAUGCCAGGACAGACCCAACCCCCUCCUGUGUUAAUUGCAAAGGGAACCACCGCUUCACCUAUCAUUGUUGUCCCAAGGUACCUAAGAAAACCAUACCAUCCAAAAAACCCUCCCCUACUCCGGUAGAAAAUCAUACUUUUCAUCCCAAACUUCUCUUCCUACAGAAGGGAUAAUGAAAACACCCGAGGCGGUGGCGUAGCCGAACUCUUUAAAACACAGGCCCAUCUCUUUGGCCACUAAUUCAUUAGAAGUAGUUGGCAUUGAAUUCUCGCUAACUUCCGGCCCCCUCGGAAUUAUUUUCCUUUACCCCCCCCCCCCCC